UAUGACCCUUAUUAAACCAGCCCUUCUUUUGCAAUGAAAUUGUAUUAAAAAAGAGUCAACAUAUAUGCAUCGAUCCUUUGAUUAAUUGGAGUUAGAUAUAGAGAUGCAACGAAUGAAUUGCACGUCUGCAUGCGCGUCAUGCAAACACCAACGAAAGAAGUGCACUGAGAAGUGCAUAUUAGCCCCCUUCUUCCCGGUGGAGAAAACCCGCGAGUUCCAAGCCGUGCACAAGGUGUUUGGCGUCAGCAACCUCACAAAGAUCAUCAUAAACCUCAAGGAAGAAGAUCGAAAAAGAGCCGUGGAUUCCCUCGUCUGGGAAGCCUUAUGCCGGCAGAAAGAUCCUGUGCUUGGCCCCUACGGAGAGUACCGAAGAUUGUGUGAGGAGCUGAGGUUGUACAAAAGCCAAUACCAGCAAUUUCACCAAGUCCAAGCUCAAGGGAGCUUAGUGUAUAAAGCAGCAGCACAAGAGCUGAUGGGGUGGAACAAUAACAAAGUUAUGAGCAUUAAUGAUGAAGGAAUAAGCAACAAUAAUAAUACCACCAAUAAUUUUCAUAGCAAUGGUAACAACGGGGUAGAUUUUUGCCCUUACGCCUAUUCUUCACAUCAUAUUCAAGAUACUGAAAAACUGAGGGCAGAAAGAGCAAAUGGUUCUGCCCUAAUUCUUCCUCAGCACCACUUAGCUAAUAGCUUCAGCCAACAGUACUUUCUUACUUCAGGUCAAUAUAAUCGUAUGGAUUCCAAGUCAGUGGAGAGCACAUUAUGGGAAGGCAGCUCAUAAUUGCCAGUCGUUCUUUCAUAUGGGCUCUAACACCCUAUAUUUCACGCAUUUUUAUUUUGAUUUAUCAUAUUUUUUUUCUGAGAUC